AUGGCCGGCAAGGGAGUCAGGAGCCUCAGCGAGGCCAUGAGGGGCCUGUCCCUCUCAUCGACGUGCCGAGCGGCGAACCCUGCGACCUCGUUCGUCGGCUCAUCGAGCUUUACGAGAUCAAUGGCCACCGAGGCGCCCUUCCCCGGUAUCACAACAUCGGCCUACGCUACACCCAAGACAACGGAACCGUGGGCACCAACCACCUCGGUCCCCGUCACGAUCCACGCCUUCCCGACCCUCGAGCCCCGUUCCCUCGAGUCCUACUCGACGAAGCACCUCUACCUCCCUCUCCGCCGCGACCUCCUCCAUCUCGCCGUCGUGUUCGAGGGAGACGCCGCCCGACAGGGCACGGCCAGCACGAAAACCCGCUGGGAGGUCCGCGGCUCGCACAGAAAGUUGCACCCGCAAAAGGGCACCGGUCGCGCCCGCGCGGGAACGAAGCAGUCACCCAUCCGCCGUGGCGGAGGUGUCUCCCACGGCCCCAAGCCGCGCGACUUCAGCACCCGCCUGAACCGCAAGGUGUACGACGUCGCCUGGCGCACCGCCCUCAGCUACCGCUACCGCCGCGGCCAGCUUGUCGUGUGCGAGGACGGCAUGGAGCUGCCGUUGCCGCUGGACUUCACGAAGCUCGCCGACGCCGGCGCCGUGGGACCCCAGAUCGCCGCCGAGUACCGCCGCAAGUGGAUGAUGCAGGUCCUCGAGGCCAACGAGUGGGGCAAGGCUCACGGCCGGACGCUGUUCGUCACCGACGGGCAGAGGCCACGGCUGUGGGACACCAUGGAGGCCGCGGGCGACCAGGGUAGAUGCCUGGACGUCAACGAGGUGGACGUCAAGGACUUGUUGGAGGAGGGACGCGUGGUUAUCGAGCGGACGGCGCUCAGGGAGAUGAUCGAGUCACACCAGAGCGACCUGGUGACCAAGGUCUUCAUCAACGGUGCCUUGAAGACCGGCCCGGCAAUCGGCGAGCCCCUCGUUCAAUGA